GACACGGUGUUGGCGGAGGUGACAGUCGACGACAGAAGUGGGAUAUCGGCUUUGGUUCGGGUUAUUUCAGUCUCGGAGUCUCGGUCCAACGGGUUCACGGUAAGCCCCGUUUUUUUUUCCUUUUGUCUCUUGUCUGUUUGGAUGGCAAAAGAUGAUAAUGAUGAUGUCAUUAUGUUGAUCUGCUGUUGAUGAGGAGCAUGACGAUGGUUAAUGGCAACAGUGGCGACUCGAUGGGAGAGAAAGGAGGUGUCGGCCACCCUACGCGGCGGCGGCCGGCGGUAACCGAAGAUGAUGGUGAUGGUUGGUUAGGUUCAAGUUCAAGUUCAAGUGACAUGGUUCAGCUACAGAUUGUUCAGGUGGUUCCGUUCACUCUUGGUUCAGAUUUGGUUCAGUCAAAGUUCAGUCAAAGCUGGUCAAACCUGGUCAACUCAGCGAGUCAACUCGGGUCAACGGACGGUCAAACGCGGUCAACACAAGGCCCGGUAAACUUUAAACGAAACACAUUUUAGUUUCGUUGUUUAUAUACAUUACACUUAACGCGAACCGAGCUCGAACCGUUAGCGAUUAGAUAACGUUUAUAUAGUAGUGAUUAUUUACGUUUUGGCGAAUGAUGAAAAUUAUAUAUAUAUCGUUUGUUGACAAUUGUUGAAUUUUUAACAAAAUAACGACAACUUGUGUUGUCGGGGUUAUUCGAAAAACAGAGGA